GAAACAGAUAAGCAUAAAGAUUAGAAAUUCCUUUUAAAGACAAUCAAGAUAAGAGACAACAAAGUUUAAUGGAAACUUUACGGUGUCAUUUCUUUAUUCUGUUAGCACUGUUCAGCAAAUCUACUUUUGCAUUAACAUGUUUUGACUGUCAAAACAUUAGUCAUCCUCGAUUCUGCGAACAGGUCAGAAAAUGUAAAGACAAUCAGAUUUGCGGGUUGGAACGAGAAGCAAAGUCAAACGGGGACAUUAUAUACAAUGUUGGAUGUAUGACACCGCAGGUAUGCGACACCAGCAGUGUAGGAGUGGGUACAAAUCAGCCUUGUCUGAGUUGCUGUUCGACAGAUCUCUGUAACACCAAUGGAUGUGGUGAACAAGAUGAUACGAAGAAUGGAACUUUAUGUUACGCUUGUUCUGGUCAGCAGAGACCUGAAUCCUGCCAUACUGUAUCUUUCUGUGAAAGUUUUGAGAUGUGCUAUUUAGAAGAAAAGUCUUAUUUUGGAGAAAAGUUUUACAAUAGUGGAUGUAAAGUUAAGCAUAUUUGCGAUGUCCAGUUUAAUAAACCUAUCGUUGGACGCCGAUCUAUUAAGCAAUCCAGGUCAACAUCACAGCUAUCAUGCUGCGACAAUAAUCUUUGUAACGACAUUGACCGUCUGCAUGGACAAGUCCAAUCGACUAUUCAAACAACACCUGUUCACGUCUCUAAUAGUACUCAAACAACACCUGUUCACGUCUCUGAAAGUACCACUAGAACUACAACAAUGUCUUCAGGACCGCCUACAGAAUGUGCUGAUAUAGCCUCAGAUAAAGAUGGAGUGUACACUAUCAUUCCAAAAGGAAGUUCUCAGGAAAUAUCAGUGUUCUGUAUAAUGAGAGGAGGAAACAAAUGGACGGUUAUACAGAGAAGGAUAAAUGGAACAGAAGAUUUUUAUAGAACUUGUUCGGAGUAUAAAACUGGGUUUGGUACUGUUCAGACAGAGUAUUGGCUAGGUAAUAAAACACUAUAA